AUGUCUCGUGCAGCCAGCGUGUCUCGUGACUCACUCAACAUUGAUGUCUACCAUCAAGGUGUUUUUUCUCCUAAUCCCUUGGUUUACUUUCAUCCUGAUAAAGUACCUGUUAUGGGGCUAGAUGUACGUAACAUGGAUUUCAAGAAGUUCAAGACCUAUCUCCAAAAAUUGAUCAACAAUAGAUGUCGGGAUAUGUAUUACUGUCUUAAAAAUCGGCCCCUCGUAGAUGGGUUAAGGGAGCUCAGGGAUGAAGAUGAUUAUGUUAGGUUCCUUGAUGCUGGGUUUGAUGAUGAUGAUAAUCAAAUAAGUAUCUACAUUGAUGACCAUCAUGAACCCUUACUAGAUUGGAUUGAAGAAGAAAAAGCUGAAGAAUGGGAUAGUGGUACUGAAACAUAUGAAGAUGAUGUGGACUCGGUAUUAUCGGAUGAUCUAUCGGUGGACCAUGAAGCUGAUGAUGAGGACAUUCAAUGGCCUGAAGUUGUUGAUCCUUUUUUGUCACAGAAGAACCUUAUUCCACAAAGAGGCAUAGAGGAAGAAGCUGGUGGUAAGGUAAAAAAACAUCCUAUUCACGAUCCAAACCAAAAAUGGGACACUAUGAUGCCUGAGUUAGGUAUGAAAUUCUCUGAUCGAGAUGAACUGAAACAUAUGUUAACAAAUUAUGCUGUGUCUAAGGGUUAUUCAUUGUGGUAUGAAAAAAAUGAGGCAAAAGCAUUGUUAGUAAGGUGCAGUAAAAAUGAAAAAGGGAAGCCAUCUUGCCCUUUUAGACUAUGGGCUAGUCCCAUGAACAAGGAAAAUUCAUUCCAGAUCAAGUCACUAAUUGAUAAACAUAAUUGUGCUAGACAACAAAAAUUGGGUUGUCUUGUUACGUAUAAGUGGAUUGGAAAAAUGUUAAUACCUGACAUUUUGGAAAGGCCUAAGUUUAGCUAUAGGAAAAUGGCAGAAGUGGUUAGGAAAGACUAUGGUCUCAAGGUAAGUCUUGGGCAGUGUAGAAAUGCCAAGUACUUUGCACUAGAUGAGAUUUCAGGCAAUUUGGUAAGCCAUUAUGAGAAACUGUGGAAUUAUGGUGCUGAGUUAUUGAGGGUUAAUCCUGGGUCAACAGUCUUGAUCGAGACAAAUCAUACGCCUGAUGCUACACACUACUUCAAAAGGAUGUAUAUUUGCCUGAAGUCUAUCAAGGAUGGCUGGAUUGAAGGAUGUAGAAGGGUUAUCGGUGUUGAUGGCUGUUUUUUGAAGGGUAUUUGCAGAGGUGAGUUGUUAACAGCCGUUGGUAGGGACGCAAACAACCAAAUGUAUCCUCUAGCAUGGGCUGUUGUGCCAGUUGAAAACAAGGAAACUUGGAUGUGGUUCAUUGAUCUUCUACUUGAGGACAUUGAGAUGGGAGAUGGUAGGGGUCUUACAAUUAUUUCAGACCAACACAAGGGUUUAAUGGAGGCUGUUAAGGAAAGGGCACCAUCAUGUGAGCAUAGGAAUUGUGCCCGACACAUCUAUGCCAACUUUAAGAAGAAGGGGUUCACGGGUGUUGAGUUUAGGAGGUUAUUUUGGAGUGCUGCAAAGGCUACAACCGAUUCCAAUUUCCGAUCAUACAUGAGGGAAAUUCGUACAAUGUCCACAGAAGCUUAUGAGCACCUGAUAGAAAGAGACCCAAAUACAUGGUGCAGAGCAUUCUUUGAACCUCAGACUUGUUGUGAUGCGGUGGAAAACGGUAUAUCUGAAUCUUUCAAUGCAGCAAUUGUAGAGGCCCGGAAGAAACCAAUAAUAACAAUGCUGGAAGAAAUCAGAUUGUACUGGGAUGUUAUUCCAAGUGGCGAGGAAGAAUAUGAAGUGAAAUUAGCCCAUGAAGUUUAUGCUGUUCACCUUGAAAGCAAAACUUGUGGCUGCAGAGCCUGGCAACUCAGUGGUAUCCCUUGUGUGCAUGCCAUUGCUGCUAUAUUAUACCUGAAUGGAAAUGCAGAGGACUAUGUAGCCGUAUGGUUUAAAACAAGCAUGUUUGGAAGUUGCUAUAGGUAUCCAGUCAAACCAAUAAAUGGAGCUAACAUGUGGCCUGAUGUUCUAUUUGAUCCCAUAUUACCACCUCGGCGUAGGAGAAUGCCAGGAAGGCCCAAAGUAAACAGAAUGAAAUGUCCUACAGAAAAUGAAGGAAAGCAUAAAAUUAACAAGACAGGGAUGUCCAUCUCAAGAUGUAGUAAUUGUCAUCAAGAAGGACACAACAAGAGGCGAUGUCCAUUGCUCAAAGAAGCAAAUAAAGCAACUGUUAGUGAAGGGGAUGUUGAAGAAGGGAUUAGUGAAGGGGAUGUUGAAGAAGGGAUUAGUCAAGAUGGGAUUAGUGAAGAUGGGGUCAAUGAAGAUAGGAUCAAUGAAGAUGGGGUUAGUGAAGUUGGAAUUGGUGAAGAAGAGGCUGUUGAAGAAGGCGAUAUUGAAGACCACCAGGAGGAUGAAAUUGAACAACAAGAGGAUGAGAUUGACCAUCAAGAAAAUCAUCACCAUCAGCAUCAACCUGUUUUUUUCAGCAUUUUGUUGCGAAGAAAAGGCGAUUACCUUCUGAGAGGAUCACGAAACUGA